GAGGGGUGGAGUGAGAUCUGGACUAACGGAAAGGAGAGCAGGGGGGAAAGGUUUUUACAAAGUGUUUGUCAGAGUCCCCUCCAGUCCUGAGCACACUGAGAGAGAGGGAUAAAGGAGGGCCAGUCUCUCUGAUCAGGCAACUGAAGAUUUUUGUGGCCAUAACCAUGCGUCUGGAGACUGUGGUCCUCCUGUCUGCCUUGCUUCCUCUCUGUCUCUCACAUGGAUGGGACCCUUUAGGCUGGCUGUUUCGCCGGCAGGCCCAAGGACAUUAUUUUGGCUCCUUGCAGGCAGACGCUGCAGGAGGGGCAUGUCCUGAUGAAUGUGACUGCCCCCCCUCUUAUCCCGUUGCCAUGUACUGUGAUGGGCGGGGCCUGACAGUCAUGCCGACCAUUCCUUCCCGUAUCAAGUAUCUGUAUCUCCAAAACAACGCUAUCAAAGCUGUGCCUGACUCAGCCCUAGUCAAUGCAACUAAUUUGGUGUGGCUACUGAUGCAUCACAAUCAGCUGACGUCUGAGGGCAUUAGUGAGCAGGUAUUUUUGAAGUUGGAGGGACUAGAGCGUUUAUAUCUACAUCACAACAACUUGACCACCAUUCCUCCAAACCUUCCUCGCUCACUGCGAGAUCUGAGAAUUAACAGUAACAACAUUGGAAAGGUAACACCUGCAGACCUAGCGGGAAUGGAUAACCUCACUAUCCUUCAUCUGCAUGACAAUGCUGUCACAGCUAUAGGCCCAUCCCUGAAGGUGCUAAAAUCCCUCAUACUGCUGGACAUCAGUGGCAACAAGCUGACAAAGGUGCCAGAUGCUCUCCCUGAACAACUGCACCAGCUGUACCUGGGGUUCAAUGCCAUUGACUCUCUGCCUGAGGGCUUUCUGGGGGGUUUAGCUCUGCUGCAGUAUGUUAGGUUGGCCCACAACCAGCUCACAGACAAGGGCAUCCCCCCAAAUACUUUUAAUGUGACUGGACUAGUGGAGCUAGACCUGAGCUACAACAAACUAGAGAGAAUUCCUAUUGUCAGCACCACAUUGCAGCACCUUUAUCUCCAAGCCAAUCAGAUUAAAGAGUUCACCCUGGGCAGUUUCUGCAGCAUCGUGGAUGUGACUAAUUUCUCCAGACUGCAAACGCUGCGACUGGAAGGGAAUGAGCUCAGUCGUGAGGACAUCCCUUCAGAGUCGGCCCUCUGCCUGCGCCAGGCUGCCAGCAUUGAGAUCUAACCGUGUGUGUCACACAAUAUGUGGAAGUUGCAAACACGACUCAGUGCACAACACGCACCAAUAGUGUAACACUCUUUUUGUGACAUGUGGUGAAACCAAAUCACAGCAGGGCCGAUGACAUAAUGUGAUUCUGAUUGCAGGUGGCAGCAGCUUGUAUUGUAACACUGUUCACGUAGCAGUGAGUAGAUGUGAAACUUUACCAGAUAUUUCUCAGUAUUAAAUAACAGUCUGUUCUCUUUUGCAAAUGAAACCACAGUUGUGAGUUAGAUUAAUCUUGUUUUAGAUAAAUUAGCCUUUAUUCUCCAAAAAAGUAUGUAAGCUUAAAAAGUUUUGAACCACACAUGACAUUUCAGUGACCCUGAUUCUUAGUAAACAGGAUCAGUGACCUUUAUAAACAAUGUUUUUCUUAUUUUACAUUUUUAAUUAUCGUUUUCUUGUUGUUUCCCCCUUGUCCAUGUCUUUUUCUUUACUUUGAUUAAGUGAUAAUAAACAUUCCGCAUCACACAUAAUGCAAAUUCUAUAAAUAUUGAGAUGUCAUAGGACACAAUAACAUUUUACUUAAAUGCCUUCGACAUAAAACUAUCCAAUCACAGACGGAUACCUGAUAUUCUCUUUGUAAUUAACUGUGACUUCUUGCUUUUAUUGAAGGUCACCUCUUUGCACAG